AGACCCACGCCGCGCCGCUCGCUUUCUUUACCCGGCUUUCAGCUCCCUUCUCCCGGCGUCACCAUGCUCGGCCUGUGCCUCUACGUCCCCGUGGCCGACCGCGACCCGGUGGCGGUGGAAUACUUCGAGUCCGACGGCCUCCCCUCGGAGCUCAAGUCCGUGUUCAACCGGCUCAGCGUGCUGCUGCCCUCCCAGGAGUUCUCCAGCUACCAGCGGUGGAGACAGAAAACCUUCACAGGGGAAGAAAAAGACCCGGAUGGACAGCUGGACUUUGAGGAGUUUGUUCACUAUCUGCAGGACUACGAGAAGGACCUGAAACUGGUGGUGCAAAGCGUCGACCGGAACAAUGCUGGCCACGUAGACGCCAGAGAGUUCAUGCAGUCCCUCCACGACCUCGGGGUUCACGUCUCCUUGCAGCACGCAGACAAAGCCCUUAAAAGCAUGGAUAAGAACGGGAUGAUAACUAUCUGUAGUGAAGACUGGAGCAACUACAUGACGGUGGAGAAGGCGGAGAACAUUCCUGAGAUCAUCCUCUACUGGAAACGCUCCACGAUGUUCGAUGUGGGCGAGAACCUGAUGGUGCCUGACGACUUCACCAUUGAGGAGAAACGGACUGGAAUGUGGUGGCGGCACCUGGUCGCGGGCGGAGGAGCUGGAGCCGUUUCCAGGACGUGCACGGCUCCCCUGGACCGAGUCAAGGUCAUGAUGCAGGUUUAUGGAACUCGAACCAACAACAUGUGCAUCAUGAGCGGAAUGAUGCAGAUGAUCAAAGAGGGCGGGAUGAGGUCUUUGUGGCGAGGCAACGGCCUGAACAUCAUCAAAAUCGCCCCAGAGACUGCGCUCAAGUUCAUGGCGUACGAGCAGAUUAAACAUUUGAUCGGCAGCGAUAAGCAGACCCUGAGCAUCGUGGAGCGAUUUGUUGCCGGGUCUCUGGCAGGAGUGAUGGCCCAGAGCGCCAUCUACCCCAUGGAGGUCCUGAAAACCCGUCUGGUUCUGAGGAACACCGGGCAGUACUCUGGAAUCUCUGACUGUGCCAAGCAGAUUUUUCGGAGAGAAGGACUCGGUGCGUUUUAUAAAGGCUUCAUCCCCAACAUGCUCGGCGUCAUCCCCUACGCAGGCAUCGACCUGGCCAUUUAUGAGACGCUGAAGAACAGCUACAUAGAGAAGUACGGCGCCAACAGCACCGAUCCCGGCGUCCUGGUCCUCCUCGGCUGCGGCACCGUGUCCAGCACGUGCGGUCAGCUCGCCAGUUAUCCUCUGGCUCUGGUCCGAACACGCAUGCAAGCACAAGCAGCGACCGAGGGCGGCCAGAAGGUGACCAUGACGGGUCUCUUCAGACAGAUUCUGAAAAGUGAGGGUCCGACCGGGCUGUACCGAGGCCUGGCCCCCAACUUCCUCAAAGUCAUCCCCGCCGUCUCCAUCAGCUACGUCGUGUACGAGCACCUGAAGACCCAGCUGGGAGUCAAAUCACGCUGACACCAUCAUGUGACUCUAAAGGCUCAAAUGACAUGUGCCCCUUACCCAAACAAGUGAAGGUCACCUGAUAAGUGACAAAGGCCACCCACCCCCUCUCCCACGGUGAAUGCCAGGGAAUCCCGGGACCUUCUGGUCUCUCUGGGGAUUCAUGGGGCCUCCUCAUUCUGUGAAUGUCCGCUGACGUGUGAAAAGAAAAGGCCAAAGUGGAGGAUAUGGACUCUAUGAGCUCAAGUUGUCGGGACUGUGACUGCUGCUAUUUAUGUUUUAAGAGGUCGUGUGGUGGAGCUGAACCACGAGGAGGAUGAGUGACUGUAAGUCGAGGACCAAAUGUGUUCGCUCUGUCUUCCAUUUGCCGUUUUUGUACCAAAUGUCCACUUUUACUUCUCUUUCAUGUUCUGGUGUUUCAGUCUUUUGAGUUAAAAAAGCAUCACCAGCAGAAUCACUUGAGUUAAAAAAGAAUAUUUAGUGUUCAAGGCAAACAGAGUAUUUCUAAGUGUCACUUAAUGAGAAGAUUUUGCACAUGUGAGUUUGCUCUCCCUACACCUCUUUCCUGCAUGAAUGGAUGGAUGACAUGACUUUCUGAAUGACUUUGGAGUAUUUAUUUCCACCCAAUCCUGUAUUUAUUGUUUUUUAUUUUAUUGCCGAGCGAGCCGGUUCUUUAGUGUUUUCCGUCUGAAGACUCAAAUGUGCAAUGGAGAACAUUUAUUUUUUUUAAAUGCAGUGUGAUUGUGUUUAAGGUGGGAACUGAGCACCAGACAACGGCCUUAACUUGUGACUUACAACACUAAAUAGUUGUCUGGUGCACUGUUGAAAACAGGGGUUUGAACUUGUACUUGUUUCGCUGUGGCUGACGAAGUUCUAGAUGCUCAAACAGCUUCAGGUUAUGUCUGUUAAUGUGUGGAGAUUUGUUUGUGCCCUUUUGAGAAAAAAGAAUAUGUUUCAAUGUUCACCUCAGGUUUAAGGGCGGGUUAUUGUUUAAUAUAUACACAGAAGAGGACACUAGAUUCUUGUUUCACUUUUCUACUCGGAAAAACAAGGGCUUGAAAAGGAUGAGCAACGAAUGCACUUUAAUCAAAGCUGUAACAGCCUCUGAAAGAAUGUCACUUCAAUCCAGGUAUUAAGAUUUGAAUUGUCUCAUGUUUUAAAAGUGUUUUAAUGGACCAUUUUCAUGCAAAUAAAUGCAAUUUUGUCAGA